AGGGGGUGAUGGAGGGGGUUCGGUUCGGGGAUGGGGAGGGGUGGGACGUGGAGAGCAAGAGAACGCGCGUGCACACACACCCUGCCUCUUGGGUUUCUCCUCCUGAGCCUGAGUGUGAGAGGAAAUCUCGGGGCUUGGCUCUAUGGAGAAGCGCUCCACGGGUCAGGCUGCCUCUCCAUCCCCGGCAGCCAGCGGUGCCGGCGUCCGAAUCCGUUCCCUUCUCUGCAAAGAGUCCUAGUGAACUUCCCAGCCCGGGGAGACCGAUCCAGCCGUCCUGCCUUGCAGAGAAGGAAAGCCCAAAAACCCUCGACACCCGCCGCCCCUCUUCGGAGGCUGUCACCGCCGAGGCGCUCGGAACCGGAAGGGGACGCUUUGGGAAUGACCAUGCUCCACGGAGGGACGAAGCCGGCCCCCAGCUUCUUCACACAGAGACUCCUCUACUAAAGCUCCAAAAAAAUUAAAAAAAAAAAAAGCCAACCCGUAAUUGCCGAAGACUCUUUAAAUACAUACAUUCGGGCCAGUAAUCUCACAUGCACAUGGAUAAUGACUGUGGAUUCUGCAUUGUGAGGCGCUCUCCACACCCCGAGAUCCCCCUCUGCUUUACAUUUUUGUCUUUGAAUUUGCAUCUCUUCAAGAAGACACAAGAUUAGAACCAAAUUUGCGCUACACUGGAUUUUAAAUUUUCUUCCGUUCCUUUAUCCUCCGUCUUUCUUAUGUGGAUAUGCAAGCGAGAAGAGGACCCUGGAGAUUCCCAACAUGCUCGCUCCCUUAAUCUGUCCGCCUAGGGGUUUGGCUUCUACAAACCAAGAGAGUCGACGAGCUGAAGAUGAAGCCCAGCGCAGAGUGCUGUUCUCCCAAGUUCUGGUUGGUGUUGGCCGUCUUGGCCGUUUCGGGCAGCAAAGCUCGUUCCCAAAAGAGCCCGCCCAGCAUCGGCAUCGCCGUCAUCCUAGUGGGCACUUCAGACGAAGUGGCCAUAAAAGACGCCCACGAGAAAGAUGACUUCCAUCAUCUCUCCGUAGUGCCCCGGGUGGAGCUGGUAGCCAUGAACGAAACGGACCCCAAGAGCAUCAUCACCCGGAUCUGCGAUCUGAUGUCUGACCGCAAGAUCCAGGGGGUGGUGUUCGCCGACGACACGGACCAAGAAGCCAUCGCCCAGAUCCUCGAUUUCAUUUCUGCUCAGACUCUCACCCCUAUCCUGGGCAUCCAUGGGGGCUCAUCUAUGAUAAUGGCAGAUAAGGAUGAGUCCUCCAUGUUCUUCCAGUUCGGCCCAUCCAUCGAACAGCAAGCUUCCGUCAUGCUCAACAUCAUGGAGGAGUACGACUGGUACAUCUUCUCCAUCGUCACCACCUACUUCCCCGGCUACCAGGACUUCGUGAACAAGAUCCGCAGCACGAUCGAGAACAGCUUCGUGGGCUGGGAGCUGGAAGAAGUCCUCCUGCUGGACAUGUCCCUGGACGACGGCGACUCCAAGAUCCAGAACCAGCUCAAAAAGCUCCAGAGCCCCAUCAUUCUCCUCUACUGCACGAAGGAAGAAGCCACCUACAUCUUUGAAGUAGCCAACUCGGUUGGGCUGACUGGCUAUGGCUACACGUGGAUUGUGCCUAGUCUGGUGGCAGGGGAUACGGACACGGUCCCCGCGGAGUUUCCCACGGGCCUUAUCUCUGUGUCCUAUGAUGAGUGGGACUACGGCCUUCCUGCCAGGGUGAGGGAUGGCAUCGCCAUCAUCACCACCGCUGCUUCCGACAUGCUGUCCGAGCACAGCUUCAUCCCCGAGCCCAAGAGCAGCUGUUACAACACGCACGAGAAGAGGAUCUACCAGUCGAACAUGCUGAACAGGUAUCUGAUCAAUGUCACCUUUGAGGGGAGAAACCUGUCCUUCAGUGAAGACGGCUACCAGAUGCACCCGAAGCUGGUGAUAAUCCUUCUGAACAAGGAGAGGAAGUGGGAGAGGGUGGGGAAAUGGAAAGACAAGUCCCUGCAAAUGAAAUACUACGUGUGGCCUCGAAUGUGUCCUGAGACUGAAGAGCAAGAGGAUGACCAUCUGAGCAUCGUGACCUUGGAGGAGGCGCCGUUUGUCAUUGUGGAAAGUGUGGACCCUCUCAGUGGCACCUGCAUGAGGAAUACAGUCCCCUGCCAGAAGCGCAUCAUCUCUGAGAAUAAAACAGAUGAGGAACCAGGCUACAUCAAAAAAUGCUGCAAAGGGUUCUGUAUUGAUAUCCUUAAGAAAAUUUCUAAGUCUGUGAAGUUCACCUAUGACCUUUACCUGGUGACCAAUGGCAAGCAUGGAAAGAAAAUCAAUGGGACCUGGAAUGGCAUGAUUGGUGAGGUGGUCAUGAAGAGGGCCUACAUGGCAGUGGGUUCACUAACUAUCAAUGAAGAACGGUCAGAGGUGGUCGACUUUUCGGUGCCCUUCAUAGAGACUGGCAUCAGUGUCAUGGUAUCACGCAGCAACGGGACUGUGUCACCUUCUGCCUUCUUAGAGCCAUUCAGUGCUGACGUGUGGGUGAUGAUGUUUGUGAUGCUGCUCAUUGUCUCUGCUGUGGCUGUCUUUGUCUUUGAAUACUUCAGCCCUGUGGGUUACAACAGGUGCCUAGCUGAUGGCAGAGAGCCAGGCGGCCCAUCUUUCACCAUCGGCAAAGCAAUUUGGUUACUCUGGGGUCUGGUGUUUAACAACUCCGUACCUGUGCAGAACCCAAAGGGGACCACGUCCAAGAUCAUGGUGUCAGUGUGGGCCUUCUUUGCUGUCAUUUUCCUGGCCAGCUACACUGCCAACUUAGCAGCCUUCAUGAUCCAAGAGGAGUAUGUGGACCAGGUCUCUGGCCUGAGUGACAAGAAGUUCCAGAGACCUAAUGACUUCUCACCCCCUUUCCGCUUUGGGACUGUGCCCAAUGGCAGCACAGAGAGGAAUAUCCGUAAUAACUAUGCAGAAAUGCAUGCCUACAUGGGAAAGUUCAACCAAAGGGGUGUAGAUGAUGCAUUGCUCUCCCUGAAAACAGGGAAGCUUGAUGCUUUCAUCUAUGAUGCAGCCGUGCUCAACUACAUGGCCGGAAGAGAUGAAGGCUGCAAGCUGGUGACCAUUGGAAGUGGCAAAGUCUUUGCUUCUACGGGCUAUGGCAUUGCUAUCCAAAAGGACUCCGGGUGGAAGCGCCAGGUGGAUCUCGCUAUUCUGCAGCUGUUUGGAGAUGGGGAGAUGGAAGAACUCGAAGCUCUCUGGCUCACUGGCAUUUGUCACAAUGAGAAGAAUGAGGUUAUGAGCAGCCAGCUGGAUAUUGACAACAUGGCAGGCGUCUUCUAUAUGUUGGGGGCAGCCAUGGCUCUCAGCCUCAUCACCUUCAUCUGUGAACAUCUGUUCUAUUGGCAGUUCCGGCAUUGCUUCAUGGGCGUCUGCUCUGGCAAGCCUGGCAUGGUCUUCUCCAUCAGCAGAGGUAUCUACAGCUGUAUCCACGGAGUAGCCAUCGAGGAGCGCCAGUCCGUGAUGAACUCCCCCACCGCCACCAUGAACAACACACACUCCAACAUCCUGCGCCUGCUCCGCACAGCCAAGAACAUGGCCAACCUGUCUGGGGUAAACGGCUCGCCGCAGAGUGCCCUGGACUUCAUCCGGCGCGAGUCCUCUGUCUACGACAUCUCUGAGCAUCGCCGCAGCUUCACGCAUUCAGACUGCAAGUCUUACAACAACCCUCCCUGCGAGGAAAACCUGUUCAGUGACUACAUCAGUGAGGUAGAGAGAACCUUUGGCAACCUGCAGCUGAAGGACAGCAACGUGUACCAGGACCACUACCACCAUCACCACCGGCCGCACAGCAUCGGCAGCACCAGCUCCAUCGACGGGCUCUACGACUGUGACAACCCCCCCUUCACCACGCAGCCCAGGUCAGUCAGCAAGAAGCCCCUGGACAUCGGCCUGCCCUCCUCCAAACACAGUCAGCUCAGCGACCUGUACGGCAAGUUCUCCUUCAAGAGCGACCGCUACAGCGGCCACGACGACCUGAUCCGGUCGGACGUCUCGGACAUCUCCACGCACACCGUCACCUACGGGAACAUCGAGGGCAACGCGGCCAAGAGGCGGAAGCAGCAGUACAAGGACAGUCUGAAGAAGCGGCCAGCCUCGGCCAAGUCCAGGAGGGAGUUCGACGAGAUCGAGCUGGCCUACCGCCGCCGGCCGCCCCGCUCCCCGGACCACAAGCGCUACUUCCGGGACAAAGAAGGGCUCCGAGACUUCUACCUGGACCAGUUCCGGACCAAGGAGAACUCGCCCCACUGGGAGCACGUGGACCUGACCGACAUCUACAAGGAACGCAGCGACGACUUCAAGCGAGAUUCGGUGAGCGGAGGGGGCGGGCCCUGCACCAACAGGUCCCACCUCAAGCACGGCGCGGGCAGCGAGAAGCACGGGGUGGUGUCGGGGGUGCCAGCCCCCUGGGAGAAGAACCUGACCAACGUGGAGUGGGAGGACCGGUCCGGGAGCAACUUCUGCCGCAGCUGCCCCUCCAAGCUGCACAACUACUCGUCGACGGUGGCGGGGCAGAACUCGGGCCGCCAGGCCUGCAUCCGGUGCGAGGCCUGCAAGAAGGCCGGGAACCUGUACGACAUCAGCGAGGACAACUCCCUGCAGGAACUGGACCAGCCGGCUGCGCCCGUGGCCGUGACCUCCAACGCCUCCGCCACCAAGUACCCUCAGAGCCCGACCAACUCCAAGGCCCAGAAGAAGAACCGCAACAAACUGCGCCGGCAGCACUCCUACGACACCUUCGUGGACCUGCAGAAGGAGGAGGCGGCCUUGGCCCCGCGCAGCGUGAGCCUCAAAGACAAGGGCCGCUUCGUGGACGGCAGCCCCUACGCGCACAUGUUUGAGAUGCCAGCUGGUGAGAGCUCCUUUGCCAACAAGGCCUCAGUGCCCGCCGCCGGACACCACCACAACAACCCCGGCGGCGGCUACAUGCUCAGCAAGUCGCUCUACCCUGACCGGGUCACGCAAAACCCUUUCAUCCCCACUUUCGGGGAUGACCAGUGCUUGCUUCACGGCAGCAAAUCCUACUUCUUCAGGCAGCCCACGGUGGCAGGGGCGUCGAAAACAAGGCCGGACUUCCGGGCCCUUGUCACCAAUAAGCCGGUGGUGUCGGCCCUCCACGGGGCGGUGCCAGCUCGUUUCCAGAAGGACAUUUGUAUAGGGAACCAGUCUAACCCCUGUGUGCCUAACAACAAAAACCCCAGGGCUUUCAAUGGCUCCAGCAAUGGACAUGUUUAUGAGAAACUUUCUAGUAUUGAGUCUGAUGUCUGAGUGAGGGAAGAGAGAGAGGUGUCAAGGUGGGUACGGGAGGGAUAGGGCCAUGGGCCGCGUGGUGCGCAUGCCAUGGAAAGAGUCGGGGGUGAACUUGGCUCCCAUUUGCUUUUUUCUUGUUCUUUUCAUUUCUCUAUGGGAUCCCGGAGUUGUGGUUCCUACUGAAGGCAACCCUCGUGGCCAGCGCCAUUUCUCCUCCCUCGCGCAGUUCCCUUCUCCCCACAUCUGUCCCCCCUUCUUGUUCCCAUGAGAGGAUAGACCUGGCCUCGGUGUGGGAGGAUGGAGAGGAGACAGGAAGUGCUGCUCUUCUUCCGAGCGCAGAAGGGCUCUGGGCCAUCCGUUUUGAGUGGGGCUUUCCCGAAGCUGCUGUCUUUGUUCAGGCCAGGAAGCGACAGGGGUGCUAAGGAAGGCCAUCUAGCCUCCUGUCCGUAAGAGAGAAGAGGCUUUUGAUAAAUUCUUGCUGCAGGGUUGGCAUCUGCCAGGGGACCACGUACCAAGCGGAGCAGGAAGUCAUUUUGUGCUUAUAUAUAAGCCAAAAAAAGAGCGAGAGAAAGAGAGAGAGAAAGAGAGAAAGAAAGAAGGAAGGUUGUUUCAGCUCCGUAAGCCUCAUUGGUGGUGAGCCAAGGGGAAAGGCCAUUGGUAGAAGAGGGAGUCUGAACAAAGUGGGUAGUUCACUGCGAUAGUGUCCCACGGAGCAUUGGAGGCAAGAGUAUGGAAUUAUGUCCACGUACACUUGAACCCACAUGAAGUCAGAUGCCUCUGAAUAUAGCAAAUGAAACCUUGACUGGCUGCUUCCUUCCACAUACUUAAGCAAUGUGCUUGUUUUGGCUUACGGAUAAACUGAUGUCACAGGUUACCUGAAUUUGGGCUAUCUCUCCCUUUCUUUGAGUGAGGAUGAAGGUUCAUGACAAAGAAGAUUCUUGUAUUGUAGGAAAAAAUAACAAAAGAAGAUGGAACUGAGACAAGCCUAAUAUGGUUUCUGUCAGCUUGGCAGAGAAGUUUUCAGUAAGCCGUAAGGGAAAUCGAAGCAGCCACGAGUCUUUUACCCAUACUCAGAGCAAAAGGUUCCAAAAAGAUUUCUUAGGCCUUUGGCCCCUUAACUGGCUGAGGUUUUGGGGGAGAACUCUCCAUAUAAAGCUUUGAGGAAGAGAGUCACUGAAGGAAGCUAGGGUAAGUGAGAGAGGGGGAUGUUUUCAGCGCUUUGAUCCCUUCUUACUUAACCCAGAGCUGAAAGAGCAGGCAGAUUUCCCCAGGACUGGCAAUAAGUGACAGAGGGUAGACAAGAGAUGAGGAGGGCAGGGAGGAGAAUAAGCUUGUCCCCAAGGAUAGUCUCUGGCAGCCAGAGAGAAAGAAAGAUUUAGAAGUAGGGGUCUGGCUCCCCAGGAAUGAGACUUGAACAAAUGUGAACACCCCUGAGAGAAGCCUCCCUCUUCAGCAACCCCUGUUUCCCUCUCAGACUGUACUACUCAACAGUAAAUGUGUGUGUGUGUGUGUGUGUGUGUGUGUGUGUGUAAAACUCCAGGGAUCGGGGUGCUAGCAGGUGUGAUACCCCUCACUUAAAGUUGGAAAAUUAAGAAGGGAAAUGAAUAUCUGUUGCUGCCCAUCCUGAAACUUGGGGUAGGGGUGCUCUGUGGGUCAGUUGUGCUGUCCUGGCCUCCCCUCACACGGGGCGGCAUCCAAAGAGCCCCAGGUCUGUUUGGAAGCUUGACUGCAGGAUCGCCUUGUCGCACACAGGACGCAUAAACCAGAAAGGUGCUUACCCUCCUCUGGAACGAAGCUGCCCUGUCUCCUCACGCCACACCUUCCCGGGACGCUUCUUGCCUCCCUGGUCGCCCUGCCUCACGACCUUCCCUCCUCCCCCACCCUUGACUGCUGUCUCCCACCUUCCUCCUUGAUUUUUACCUCAGUAUCUUUCCUUUAAAAGCCAACUGAAGGCCUUGUUUUCUUUCCAAAAUGAACGUGGGGACAAGGGGCUGAACCUCUCAAGAGUUUGGAGAGAGGAGCACGGAGGGCUUCACUUUAGGUUCCAGGAGAGACUCUGAGAGAGGACAGAGGGCGUGAGGCAUCUCCCGGAGGAAGAAGGAGAAGGGCCAUAGAAACAUUGCUUCACUCUGGCUCUGUCCAAGGGCCAGGGGCUCAUCCCUCACUCUUCCUCUUACCUCACCCCUUUAAAAUCAAAAACAAAAACAAAAAAAAAAAACCACAAAACAAAAAAACCAAACCAACUAACCUAGCGAACAGCAAUCUAGAAAACAGGGGGCUCUGAUGGUCUCCACAGGCCACAGAAAUCAAGAUGGUGUUUAUUUCAUAUGUAAAUAUUUUGUUUUCUAAUUAAUUUUGUAUAGAUAAAGUGUUCUCCUGUGAGUAUUCAGGGUGUUGAGCUGGAGGGAGUGGGGUGGGGACGGGAAUGAGGGGGGAAUUGUUUCAUUAUGGGUUUUCAUUUUCCAUUGGGAGGAAUUGUCUGAUAUGGCCUUUGCUUCAGAGUGUCUGGAAAAAGAUAAUGGGAACAGAAGCCACUACGGUGAAUCAGCCAGGGGAAAGUCAUUUAUGCCCAUGCCCCAUCUCCAAAACCUGUCUUCCUGUGAAAAGUGAUCAUGAACUUUGGUCUUAGUUUUACUGGUCUAAAUCAGCAUGAAGCACAGUUUGGUGUGACUCCUAUCUUCUAGGGAGACCAUAGAAAACCAUCACUCUGCAAGACAAGCUGGUGGCAUUAGAUUUUCCCCUGUCAGAACCUGGGCUUACAAAGGUUCCCCAAAGGGCUUGAAAAAGAACUGAGGUCCAGUUACCUCCCAUUCUUGACAUGGCUGAGAGGUUUCAGGAAGCUGGAUUCCAAGGAAUCUCACAGAAGCCUUCUCUGAUGCUUAACAAUCACCUUGCCAUUCUGAUCCCUUUUGCUCUAUUACCUGAGCUCUGACCACCCCAUCCCCCUACCUGUACCCACCUUUAAAAAUGAGCACUUCAGGCACGCCCAGGAAUUGUCUACUAAUUCUACUUACGCAUGUGGUUUCAGGCUGCAGAGGGAUAGCAAUGGAUAGAUGGGUCUUACAGAUUUGCAUGCUUUUCUAAAAAAGGUCACCAGAUUCCCUCAAAACUAGCAAGGUAGCUAAAAUUACUUUCAGAAAUGGGAAAGUAUCAAUGGUGACUAGGGACAGUAAUCAAUGAAGGCUUUAUAGUUGCCUUGUUCUUGUUACUGCCAUCAGGAAGGUGCUAUUUAGUUCAAGUCAGGUUUCCCAAAUCUGUUUUGGGGUUAACCACACAAAUUGAAUCUCUUUCACUAGAUUGCUGGCUUUGUGAAAGAUAGCAGCUUCUUUCUCUCUCUCCCUCUCUCUCUGUGCCUCGCUCUCUCUGUCUGUCUUCCUCUCCCUCUCCUUCUCUCUCUCCCCUUCUCUCUGUCCCUCUUCUUCUCCCUCUCCCCCGCCUUUCUCCCUCUCUCAUUCCUAAAUUGAUAUACUCAGUUUACUGCACUUUCUUCCCUAUCCUCCUGCCAUCAGAGGCUGUCAUCUGCAUAAUUUAACUAUCCUAACCCCCUUAUUUGGCCUCAGUUAAUCAUCUUUCUCCAACUGAAUGCUUGAAUUGGGACCAAAGUAAGGUAUUCAUGGCCUACUCUAGAAUGAGGAAAUGAAGUCUGUCAAGUUUUAGAUAUGAAAUGCCAUAAUAGCAAGUCAGUCACAUACAUAACAAUUCAGCAGCCGUUCCCAUCUCCAUCACUGAUGGAUAUGGAACAAGACCUAAUCCAUCCAAAACUGUGAGGUUCUGCAGAGGCCUGAGGAGCAUCUUGUGUUCCAUGGUGUCCUUCAGAAUCCAUGCUUUCUCUCAUGAGUGCUCUCUAUCUUCCACCGUGGAAGUGGGUUGAUGGGUAUGGUCCCACAUCACUCCUUUCAGUGGCAACGCUGACCUGUCAGCAUGCCCAGUGACCUCAAUAAUUUGACCCUUGAAUUUGGCUGAAGGAAGAUGUGCACAACCCUUUUAGAGUGCUGCAUGUACAGUGGACUUUGUUAUUUCCAAGUUCUCACUGUGUACACACAGCCAGAACUCGGGAACUCUCCCUAAUGUGUAUUCCCUGGUACUGGCCACAGCCAUUUUGUGAUUGGGGGGAAAAAAAAUCCCAGAUGAUCCCAUUAAAUGUUGUUGGUGUCAGUAGUGCCCAAACGCAUGUGUAAAAUAUAUACCGUGAUGUGACUAUCACUCACCCAGUCUUCCAUGGCCACGAGGAAUUGCCCCAGGGAGAAUUCUCUGCAGUGUGCUGGUCACCUGCGCCUCUCAUUUAAGGUAGGGUUUCUUUUGUUUGGUUUUGUUUGUUUGUUUGUUUUAGUUCAAGAUUUAGGGACAGAUUAACUGUAAUAUUUGGGCAAAAGCCUUUGGAAAAGCUAUUCCUGAACCCACUUUAUUAUUAUUAUUUUUGAUCACCAUUUCUGAAAAGGCCCUAUCCUUGCUUGGCACCUUGUGCGUGUCUGCUUUGGUGUGCUAGGAAUGAUUCACGUGUGCAUAAAUGAUGUGAUGGCAGUUUAUUGGUGAAUGUGUUUGGUGUUUCUGGGCAUUGUGGCCAUACUGUAUGUUCCCAAAGCCAUAUAGAAAAUGUGUGACCUAGGGGCUGCUAAAACACUAUGGUAUUGCCUUUGCUUUCUUCACUUCGGUGUCAGAGAGUUCUCUUGCUGCCUAAGGAAUUCUUUACGGGCAAGAAGCAGCCUAAGGCAGUUGGUCAUACUGGAGUGGAUCUGGCCUUAGCAAUGGCAAAUGACCCAUGCUUUGAUCCUGAAAGAGCCUGCCAACAGUUUCCCAGAGGAAUUUACCACACCAGGGCUGAGCUGUCCACCUGCUGUUGAAGGCAUUCCCAGGAAGAGUGACAUAUUAAGCCAUAUUAGCAAUUUGUACAUUUAAACACCUAAUCUACACUAGGAUUUUCAUUCCUUUUCCUGGGAAUAAGCUACACUAUCCCAGCAGGAGAAAGCAACAAGAGCAUCAUGAGCAACAUGGCAGGAAGAAAGGAGAGAGGGUUCAGAAAACUAGUCAUCUAAGCCAUGCUUCAUCUCUACCUGUUUAGUUAAGGCCAUGGGACCCUGGCUUAGGAGUUCCACAUGGGAAGUAUUUUCACCACACAGUCAUGUACAUAGUUUAUAGAUAGCUAAAUUUGACACCAUGUAGGGUAGGAAAGAAUUGUGACUCAGGAAGCAGAAGACAGGUGCCUCUCCUCAAAUGCAAUAUACUGAGUAGAGAGCAGCAAAGAAAAACGUCCAUUCAUACUUAGUAUCUAAUUCAUUGGUAUACUAUUAAAAAAAUCAUGGAAUUAUCUGUUCUUUGUUCCACAUUCUAAGCUUUCCUAUUUUCCUUCCCUGUAUUCUCUGUGAAGGAGCCAAUUGACCCUCAGGUGCUAUUUAGCCUGUGGGCCUAUGAUGUGGUUGGGCUGACACGGAAACCCACAUUUGUCAUUCAGAGGAAAGCCUUAAUUCGGAGGGAAGUUUGUGCUUUCCCCCAUGCCUUGGAGAAAGUGAGGUUUGGGGGCUCUAGGAAGCAGAACAGAAGCAAGGGGAAAUGACUUUGCUUAGGAGUACUGGGUUGUCAAAGCAGAGCCUGGAAUGGGUGGGAAACAUCAGGAAUCUUGUGCGUUUUUCAACUGCUGUAUCCUUGUGCAUUGACGUCAGAGCUAAUCAUUGGAAGCCGCUGAUGAUGUUCUGCAUCUUGGGUUUGCUGGUGUGCCUAGGAGUGGCGGUGCUAAUGGGAACGGAGAGUGGAAAGUAGAGUGGAUGGUAGCAUUCCUCACAGCCUUGGGAUGCUGGUUGUAGGAUCUGUUUUGGCAAAAGUCAAAGUGCCAUUUAGUGCAAAGAUCAAUUAUAACGAAGAAGCACAAUUCUAAGUCCACUAUAAAACUAUUAUUUUAAAUAUGUGGCUUCCAACCUGAACUCUGUUUAUCAGUUAAUAAUUAUUUCAAGGUUGUGAUUUAAGGGGUGGUACAGAAAAAAAAAUUAAAAAGCUCUACAUAAAAACAUAAGUUAAAAUAAAUGAAUGUCUAUUGAGCAUUUAUUAUGUUCCUGAGCUAGUGCUGAGAAGUAUACAAAAAGUUUUAAAGUGGAGAAUGAUAUACUCAUAUAGGAUAUGCAAAUGCAUAAGCAUAAAAUAUUUAAAUAUAUGUAUUAUGUAUAUAUAAAUAGGUGUGCAUAAAUUUCUGUGAUUAUACAUGCAGGUUUAAUAUUUUCUGGUUUUAGGGUUUGUGUCAAAGAUAUUCAUUAUGUUAUUUAAGAAUACCACAGAGAUUAAACUCUCCACAUCAGAGCCAGGCCUUGACUGCUUCUUCUGGAAUUACUACACAUUCCAGAGCUAACACUGAGAAAUUCCCUGUCAGGUCACAGACUUGCAUUUUCUUCACUCAUCUUUGCUAGCUUCUCAACUGAGUGUUCUUCAUCCCCACCAAAGUCCAGCUAGAGAUCUUUUUGAGGUAUACUUCAGACAACAGGAAUUUCCCCCUUGUUGCACUUUCACUCUCUUCCACACAGUAGAUUGCACUUAUCUCAAAACCAACUCUGGCAACGACCUUUCAGAAGAAAAUCUUCUCUCCAUUCGAUUGGACUCCCUGGCUGUCUCUGUUUAUCUUUGCUCUCCAAGCCUUCUCAAGUGGGUAGACUUUCUUCACAUCCACACCCAAUGCCCACAGCUUUGCAGUAGUCUAUAAUCUACUCACCUACAAACAAUGAACAACAAUAUCUCAUAGAGUGUCUUGCUACAAAACCCAACACCAUUUUUGUUUCCCUGCUGUUCACCUUAGACGUUAACCCGAGCUAAGCAUUGGAAGGCUUAGCUUCUCUGUGAGCUCACUGCUUUCUGUUCCUGCUCAGCCUUGGCUUGCCGUGUCUUCUAAGUUUGACUCUACAUGUUAACUCCUCAUAUUCUUUCUGACUUCCAGAACAUUCGUGAAUUUCAAAUCUUCACUCUUAGACCCUAAUUUUCUUUUCAGCUUAGUGUGAAUAUUUCUAAUCACCUCACUUCAGAUUGACCCAAAUACCCAGGUAGACCCUUUAAACAAACAUAAUUAGCAACAUAAUUAGGUCUCCUUCAGGCUAAUGGUACCAGUAUUCUGUCACCACACUAAAGUUUUGCCUCUUUCCUGUCCCUGGUUUUGCACAAGUAAUCAUUUGGGAAACCUCCUAAUUGUUGUUCUGAAGUUUUUUGUGCCUCCAUUUCUCAUUCAAGCUCUUCCCUCCCACCAAUUAUUUCAGCGUCGUAUAUCAUUCUUCCAGGAGGUUAUAUUUCAGUCUACUUUCAUCAGUUUGCAUUUCUUAACCAUAGUGAGUUCAUGUCAUCCCUAACCCCAGAAGGCAAUUCUCUCAUGAGCUUCUCUGGCCAUGCUUUUCCAGCAGGCAGAUCUGAUGGUCACUUUUCUUUGUGUUCUUCUUGUCAUAGGACAGUUAAAUUGCAAACUUGUCUUUAUCAUUCCUUAGCCAGCUAGAUUGCCUUGUACCUUAGACUUCUCUUUUCCCAAAAUGUCCUGCUCCCAACUCUCUUCUCCCUCAUUUCUUGCAAAUCCACUCCUUCUAUAUAAGUUUUCAAAGACAAGGAUAAAUAACUACAGCAUCAAUUUCCCUUACAAUCUGUGUACAAAAUAUAGGCAUUUUUAUAAAUGUCCAUGACAUUUAAAUUUUAUCUCCUGGGUGGCAACCAUCAGAAACUGCCUUCACAACUAGUUAUUCAUGUUAUCUUCCCUGUAGAUUCUUAACAAGCCAUGCAUUUACUAAUUUUUUAUUUCCUAUAUUAUCUAACAAGUGUCCUAUAUAUAAAGGGUACUAGUGAAUAGUUUAUGUUACAAAUAAAAAUAGAAAGGGAGUUCACUUAAUUUUAAUUUACCCACAGUAUGUUUCAAUCUGUAGGAAUACAUAAGGGUGAAUUCUUUUGCCUACCAACUUCAUGUUUCUCUUUUUCUCCACACACAGCCUCAGUAAUGGAUUAAUGGUGCAUAUGUGCAUUUCCAUGUUGUUAUUUCCAAUGGGAAUUCGUAUUUUUUGAAGUCAUGGUUCAUUCUCUGAAGUCCUUCUUCUUUGACUGCUUAAUGGUUAUUAAUGUGUCUCUGCAGUGAUGAGUAUACACAAAGUAAAUGUCAGAAGGAUAGACCAUGAUGGCUGUUGAUCAAAUGUGAGGUAUCAGGAUCUCCCAGAUGCUGUGAGUAGAGCUGAUGUCUAGACAUUUCCCUGUCCUGAAUGAGCCUAGCAUGACCUAUACUGGGAUUGACUUUGUUUCAAGAGUAAGACAGUUUGGGUUCUUUAGACAUUUUCACUAACAGGAGGGCUUUGUUACAAUACAUGUUCACUACUCAUGGAGCUUUGUGAAUGUUAAGAAGUGGUCCAAGAGGACCAGUGGAUUUCACUGAGUUCUGGAAGUUUCCACCUUUGUAAGUGGGUAGGCCAGGCCUGUGGUCAGAGGCUGUUCGUUCUGCUUCUGCCCUUGUCUUGAGGAUGACUCUCUUCUCACCCUUUGUGAGGCUUUUUGGCUUUGAGGUUAUUUAAACAUCACUUCUGACAUGUAUAUCUCAAGUGAAAAUAUGUCGGAAUUUUAAUGACUUGUUCCAGUGAGAAUUCUAGUGUCUCAAUUCCUCUUUUCUCUGUAAAUAUGAUUAGAGUCAUUGCCCUAGGGGAUAGAGUAUCACUCCUGGCCUGAUGACCCUCUUGUUCCUCCACUCUUGAUGUAGUCUUCCCCUUUUCCCUUGGCCCCUCAGUUUUACAUAACAACCUAAGCUAUUUGUUCUAGUUAGUGUCUAUCUCUGUCUCCGAAGGAACUCUGGGGGCUGAUCCUGUCAUUUUACUUAAGCUUGUCUGGUACCAGAUAAUAUUUUCUUUCCUUCUCCUGGCCAAAUUCCUCUAUAAAUCUCACGAUGUCAUGGUCAUGAAUUAUUCUCCUUUGGGAGGCAUCUUGUGCCACGGAGUGCUAAUUUAAAGCAUGCUGUAGUGAACCUAACACGAAUAAGUUACAGGCAGUGACAAGUCCGCUUUUCAGAAAAACCAGGCAGAGUUCAUUCUUCAUCAGGACAGGAAGAGGUACACAGAUUAUCGUUGGCAAGCUGGGGUGAAAUUUGUGAUGCCUUGGGAGGUAUAUAGCAAAGUUAAAAUGUUACCUAUAAAGGGGUAGAGUUGUUUGGGUUUUUUUUGUUUGUUUGAUUGGUUUUUGUAUUUUCAGCUCUAGUUGCCGUAGAUAGCAUUAAUGCUAGCAAUGGGAUAAUUAACAUUUUAGAGCAAGGCCCAUCUCAUGAUAUUGUGAGACAUUUGUUUUAAGCAGUGAAACAGACUGGCACCAACUAGUAGGUGUGUGGGGAGACAGUUGUUCUCUCAAAGAAGGGCAUCCAUGAAUUUCUGCUGUGCCAGUGCAUGGAUCAACAUUACAUGCGGUUUUACAUGAUUGUUUUAUUUUCUUUUUCUUUUUAUUUUUUUACCAGCACCUGUAAAAGAUAAUGAAGGCAAAUAAUAAGAGGCCCACAAUAGGACUUUCCUUCGUGUCAUAAGAAGAGCUGAGGACCUUUUGGUUCCUGCCUUUGAGGGUCCCUUCAGGAAGUAGAAAAUCCCCAAAAGACCUGACUUGAGGAACAUAGCCUCCCAGAUGCCCAUCCCUUUGGUCACAACCAAUUUGCAAAAACUCACCUUGAUGUUGAAGCAUGAUUUCUAGUUGUCUCCCAGAUGAGGAGAGAACUGUUCUUUUUGUUCAGCCCUUUUGGUUGUAACCUGAGAGGCAAAAGCAAGGCAGGUUAAAAAUGAGGGAUAUUACUUCCUCAUGGCUCAUUUUGAAGUAGGUGGGAACUUUAGGCUGUUUGAUCCAUUGUUGAAAAGCCAGGAGAAGAGUCCAGAAAAAUCUAUAUACCCUGAGGUAAGGAGGCUGGACCCAGCCUCAUCUGUAAAGUCCCAAAUGCUUACGGGCAAUGUGGUGACAUGUCAUGCCUGAGUCAGCGUCCUGGUCCUUUGGAUGACACCCAGAGAGCUGCUUCUCACCACCGUGGGCACAGAGGGCACAGCCUGUCUUACCAGCCUUGCUGCCCAGUGUGAACCUUGGUGAAUCUGCCUGCCUCUGCAGAAGGAGGCUCACAGUGCCAGCAUCUGACGGGGGUGGACUGCAGGGUUGUGGCCACAGUGAUAUGAAAGGUGCGCAGUGGCUUGCUCCCUUCAGCUAAUGAUAUUACCUAUCUCCAGAGGGAUUCUUUGGAGCUACAAAAGCAAGAGAUAUAUCUUCCUGAAACCUCAGUUCUAGUUGGACUAGUUUAUGUAGCUGCCAUUGCCACAUUUUAAUAAAAAUUAUUUAAUUAUCAGUAAUCAUUUUCUUUCAAAAUCAGGGCUAUUUUAGCACUCCCUUUGGAUGUGGUAUAAGACACAUUGGCAAGCGAGAAAUGAUGCCACUUUGCUGCCUCUGUCUAAAUUCUAGUCUCAACCUUGUAAGUAGUUUUCAUGUUCUUCACACAGUUGCAUGUAAUUAGAUGAGACCUUCACCGUGAGUACCCUCCUGUCAGUGCAUCUCAACACCACCUCUCAAACACACGCAUGUGUGUAUGCACACACACACACACACACACACUAUUAGGAUGAGAAGUUGAGAUAGAGAAUAUUAAUGGAUACAUGAUAUCUAAUAUUUCUAAGCAAGAGCCUGACCAGUGUAGUCCUGUCAGGACUACACCCCCAACUUGCACUUUGAUGACUAAGAUGUACAUAACUGGGCACCUUAGACCAGAGAAAAUAGAUCAUUUUGUCACAGUCCUUGAGACUCCUAGAUAUUUUAAAUGACCAGGACAUUGGAUUCAGUUAUUGAGUGAUAUGAGUUCAGUCCUGGUAACAGGCAGAAGAAAUCGAUCAUUAAGACAUGGAUAGCUGCAGAGAAGGUCCAGCACACUAGCAGUUUCUAGCAUGACAGAAUUGCCUUUUUGGAAAAGGAUAAUGUUUGUGGAAUCACCAGGAACUCACUCAGAUCCUUACCGUAUUUGGUCUCUGGUAUAUCUAAGUAAACCAAACUAAUUAGUAUGAGAUAAAUUUAACAUCACCAUUUCUCCAGAUGGCCUCCUUUGACAAGGAAAUGUGGCGAGUUUUAGUUGUACGGAUGAACACACUGAAGUAUGGGUGCAUUGGAACUCAAAGCUUCUAUUACAAAUUGUCUGGAUGUUGUGGCCCCGUUCAUCACAGGAAGUCAUGCUGGGUGCACUCUCCUCCUAAUACCAAGUUUUUAAUACCUGACAACAGAGAGAAAUCAUAAAACCCAGGCAGAUGGAUUAACCAAAUCUUUUGCACAAAAUUCAUCUUCCCAGAUCCCCAAGCUGCCUACCUCCCAUAAUGCAUUAGUCUACAGAAACCAAUCAGAUAGUGGAACAAAGCACAAAUCUGCAAAACAAGAGAUAGAAGAAUGUCUGUAAUGAAGGAAAUUUGAAGGGAAAGCCAAGAUAUUUAAAUUUUGUGAGGUAAGACAUGGGGAAGAACUUUCACUAUUCAAAUUUGUAUAUGGAAUGUGAUGAGCAAAAAUCUCCCAGAUUGGUACCCUAAAAAGUGAGCUGUUGAGAAUGUGUAUUAGGUGGUCAUAGAAUGCUGAAGGUGUCAGUAGUUUGGGCCAGCAUGUAGGGCAGUCAACCUCAAAACAGAAUCAUUUCUAUUCUUUUCCUGGGUAAUUAUAUCUAAUUCACCUGAUACCAGUAAAUAUUAAGGCAUGAGUCGAUUUUGGAGACAUUGGAUUCAAGAAGAGUACAACUCGCAUAUGCAAUGAGCUUCUGAUGAAAGACUUGGUGUCCCCCACAACUGUAAUAAAUAAUGAUUGGCUGCCUAAAUCCUGAGAGAAAGGGAGCAGGAACAUUUGCAGGAAAUAGUUGUAAGACUUUGAUUUUGCCCCAAGAUUAUAGUGGAAAAUUGUUUAACAACCACAGCUGAAGGAUUCCCACAACUACCUUCUCUUGCAGCCUACCUGCUCACUGAUGAAUGGAACCAAGUUUGGAAGCAACCCACUUUUCCAGAGGCGAGCUUUUUUUUUUUUUAAUUUAUAUCUCAAGAGAUUCUGAUCCAUAUACAGACCAUUCUGCUUCUACCAAGAGCAGUGAAAUGCUCUAAGUUAACGCAGGCUUUAACCAAUUUAAUCAGUCUGUCUUGUUCCAGUGAGGAAGCUGGAGGAAAAUGGAAAGUGCGGAGUGGGAAGAAAUCAAUAUCACUUUCAUAAUGAGGGUAUCUCAAGAUUCUAGUUCGAGUGCCUGGAGUGGGAAGAGGAGGAAAUUACUCAGUCCCAGGCAUGGGAGGAGGAUUUGAGACCACCAAAUGAAUGCUCCUCAAACUGAAAGUUUAAAAUCAAGUUGGCAACAAAUAGUACUUCUCUCCCACUCUUUUGCCUCCUGAUAACUGGCAUAUGAUCAUGUUGGUAUGCAUAGCAAGCUCAGAAAGAGGGCAGCCCUAUUUAUUCUUCUACCUUGAUAUUGUAAUGACUUCAUCUUUCUUAUGAGUUGCAUUACGUAUAUGAUGAUGCUUCUCACUAACAGAUGAAACAGGGCCAAGAUCUGAUGGGUGUUGGAGCCUCUUAUUCCCCUGAGAUGACCAUCCCCUCUCUGGUGCUAUACUCUUAUUCAUUGUGGGGUAGAAUGAAAAAAAGAUUCAUAGGACCCCGAGGGCACAGAUGGAGAAUUACUUAAUUGGAACCACAAAGCUCUUGUGCUUAAUAUUAAAUAUUAAAGUGGAAAUGAAAAAGGCAAUCCUUAAGCACAGCUGCCCACAGUACAGAUUGGGGAAGUGCUGUGGGAAACGUUUUAGGAAGUACGUCCUUAUCUACCCAAGGCCAAAGCAGCAAAACUCAAAGUAUAUACUGAAUCAGGGUAGCUUCAUAUUGUGAGGGAAUUGUAGCUGGCACGGAUGCAUCCUGUGCAGAGAUAGAAGUAGGUAAAAGUUUAUUUCAGAUCCUAGGACUCUCUCCUCUGCAGCAGUGUCUGCAUGAAACUAAAUUCCUUGUCACUGACCUUGAGAACAGAAUGUAACUCCCUUCAUAUUGUAGACUGGUUUCUUCCCAAGCCAAGCCUGCCCUCUGGUCAUUGAACCCUGGAGUAACAUACAACCUUUCCUUAGACUCUUGACACCUGUCACUUCUAUUGAAGAACAAUCAUUAAAAUCCUUUUGGGUAAGGCCUGUUGGAGGAAACUAGUUACCUGGGUGGAGGUAGGAAAUGGGCAAUGAGUUUCAACACCAAGAAGAGAGGGCCCCUGGGGAAACGUGUGUGCCUGAUAACUUGUUACCUAAUCAGAAAGCCAGAGGCUGUGUAGAUGUGCAACAUCUUUCUUUCAAUGGAUGGAGCAUUACUAUACUAUUCUCUGCAUCUUCUGCUCAUUCUCCUUUAGGGACGCCAAUGUGCUUCUCUUCCUAAAGAGAUAAAUCAGGCCAACACUAAAACCCCAACCUCCUCAGGCACCUAGCCCGCUGCCUAUCUUUGUUUCUUUUGCAUAUGGUCUACCACAUGAUGAAGAAAUCCUCACAGCCAUCACCAAUCAAGCAACAUACUAGCAAAAUACAAUACAGAAAAUCACCAAGAAUGAGCAGAAUCGGUGUGUUUCAUUUAAUCCCAGUGGUCUUUGAGGAAUCUUAUUCUGUCUGUCUGUAAUCCAUCUCUCUUCUGAGGCCCUUUCCCUUUAAAUUAUUACAACAUAAAUUUCACUGCUUCGCGUUUGACAAAAGAAAUCAUAGCUAUGCUAGGAAAUUGACCCCCAAAUACUCAUUUUUAUAGCCAUUGAAAAGUGGAUUUUACAGUUGAUGAUAGCUUUUCCAGUUCUUUCCAUAGAAAUCCUUCUCUACUCUCUGCCUCCUGCCGUAUCUCCCGACUCCACUUCUUGAUUUUGGUUUCCCUCCACCUUGUUCUCCUGUUACAGAAGAUGCACUCCUUAAAUGGAAUUCUUACUUAAACAGACUGCUCAGAAAAUGAUCUGAGAAUAAUUUCUCCUUGGUUUUCUUGUUAAUUUGGAAAGAAGGAGUUGAAAGAAAAUAGUAAGCAAGAAAGCAAACAAGGCCUUGUCCUCAAAUGCUUCAACUCAAGGUCAAGUGCUAAGAAAGUAAGUGCCCUCGAGUGAGAGCUAGGGGAUCUGUGAAGGAGAGGGAUGUGCUCUGGAAUAUUAAGCAGCCACUGAACAGGCCCACAUGGGCUUUGGUCAAGAUGAUUUCUGUGCGCAUGAAGGCAUUAAUCUCUCACUCUUGCUCUCGCCCUAGCUCCAGCCCUCCUCCCCACAUCCUUCCUUGACUCUGUCAUUUCAAGGCACAAGAUCUGUGUCUGGAGAGUACUUGUUUUAGUGCUUUAAGCACACUGAUGAUGUGGCAGCAUCCCCAGCUCUCCUUUGCCCUAGGUACAGUGGAAGCCAAUGCUUUUAUCUCUCUGCCAAUGAGUUGUUGCAUGUCAGUUCUGAAGUGUUCAUAAUCUGUGCUAUUAAAAUGAGAGAAAAAAUAGUGGGAAAUAAAAUCCGUGACAAGGAGAACAGAGCACGGUCCUGAAAUAAUGUUCUUUGCCAAGCUGAGAAAAAAAAAAUCUAGAAGUAAAAGAUAAGGUGUAAAAGAAACGGAAUAGUUUGGAAGACAAGAGAGGGUACUAUUCGUACCAAGAUGGUCUGAUUAUCCCCACUAAAAAAAUACUGUCUGCCACCCCCCACCCAUGAACCCUAGUGGAAGGAAAAGCCUGCUGCCGCAGACUGCUCAGAAAUGGAGGCGAGCUGACUUUAGAAACAGUCACAGGAUUUCUUGCAGGGAGGUGCUGAUAAGCAAUACACGGUGACUCUUCAGAAACUCAUCUACAGACCUCAGGGCAGCUCCUUACUGACCAUCUCUAUUUUCCAGUCUAGAUUAUUCUGAAUAGAAGAGCCACGUGCUCACUGUAAUUGCAAUUACUCGAUUUGAGAAGCCAAAGGGCACAGGAGAGAGGAAAAUAUAUCAAGAGAAUUGAGUUAGCUUAAACUUUCUUAUUUCUUCUUCAUCUUCAAUUUUAGCAUGGCCUGACUCCACAAAGUUAGGUCACCUUUGAGAGAGAAGAAUCUUUUAAAUAAAAUUAUAUCUUCCCAUCCCAGUGAAAACACCAAGUUUCAUAAUCUGAUUACUGUUUACUCCAGAAAGGAAAUUGGCAGAUUCAAUUACAAACAGGCAUUUUACAGAUUGCCUUAAUCCUGAUUCUUACACACAUUGACAUGGAAUUUACUGGCUCAGGUCUGAUCUUUUAAGCUGUUAAACCUCAUUGAAGGAAAAUAGAUCAUGUGUUCCUGAACCAACUUAGUUAAAAGCAUGAAGUGAUGCUCCCAAUAUGCCAUCUGUUAAUUCCACUAUAGCAGAAGGCAGCUGGAAAGUAGGCAACAGACGAGGAACAACAAGGGAACAGAGACCAACUGAUUAAUGAGACUUAGGGUCAUUUUUUGAUUAUUAAAAAUAAUAAUGAACCCAAGGUCAAUUCUUAGAUCCAAAGUGAGCAGUGAGCAGCUCUGCAUUUGUUAACUUCAGUGUUUGCUUAAAUAACAGAUAUCUAGGGUUUUAAGUUUAUUUAUUUUUUCCUCUGGGGAGGAGUCUUAGUGGUACUUUCUGUUUUACUUUACUUUUAAUUGAAAACUGUAUUCGGAGAACAUUCUUCUACAGUUCUAGGGCAUGCUUAUCCUUGCAAGGCUGCUGGCUGAAUUAAAACCCUAUGCCAGGACAGUGUAGGUGCCGGCAGUGAACACAACACUGUCUGUAUCUUUUGAGGUUCAUGUGUCACCGAGAGAAAAUGUUUCAUAAACAACCAAACAACCAGGUGGAAAGCAGAUUAGGCAACUGGAUAUCCAAGCUUGAAGUUGAGGGCCCAGGGAGAGAUUUUUUUUUUUAAAAAAACAGCCCAUUUUGUGAUGACCAGAAUGAUCCAGUUGAGACAGGAAAUUGAUAGUGCUUAGAAAGAGAAGAUGCUGACAGGAUGAGUAAAUGGGGAUGGAAUCCAAUGCACCAACAGAAGGCUGGAUGUAGGAGCCUGUUGGUGUAUGAUAGAGAGACUGUGGUAUUGGACAAGGAUGUGAGUAGGGAGAGAGGCUUGGGAUAAUGCCUGCUGUGACUGAUGAGUCUCCGGUGAAAAAAAAAAGGAGUUCAUCAGUUAAGAGUGCUACUUCCAAGACUGUUUCAGUGAUCAGUCCAGGCAGAGAACAGCUAGAAUCGCCCCAUCUACUUGAUGCUAGAUUUGGCCGCUGCAGGUGUUCCUUUAAGGGAGAGAGCUGAAACGGUCUGAAAUGGCACUGUCGAACAAGGAGUCACCUCUAGACUGGCACCAUGGCAAAUGUGUGACAGGAAAGCACAGUGCUCAGCAGGAUGUCUGGGACCUCAAGGAAGAGCCAAGAAGGUGACAGAAGUCAUUGUGAAGUGUGUGACGGGGGGAGGGCCAUGAAGUCACGGGGAGGAAUGGAGGCAAGGAGGGAUGGAAGACAGGGUGCACUAGGUGUUGGACGUGCUCUUCAGAAUGGGCUCCUCCCAGCGGCUCUCCCAGGUUGGGUUUAUGGGUAGUUAAGGUCGAUGCUGGUAGUAAAAUGGCAAGGCUGCAUGUGCCGGACAAGGCCUGACCAGCAGCGUGUGGCUUGCUCCUGGCUGGCUCAUCAGUAACCCCCAACCCACACCUGCCUUUUACUCUCUUCCAAAUUUCUGCUGCAAAAGUCUGCUUUUGCUUCUUCAUCUGCUUGGAGUUCAAUCCUCCUGCCUCAGCCUCCUGAGUGCGGAGAUUACAAGCAUGCACACCCGCUCCUGGUUCCGCUCGGCAUGUUGCCGUGGAUGGUAGUUAGAUGUGACCACAAGGAGCGACUCUUCGCCUCCAGAAAGACCACAUUUCACCAUAAAUCUUGCCCUUUCUGCUUUAAAAGCUUCCGACUAAGUUGCUGUCCUUGGCGGGGGGGGGGGGGGGCAUCAGAAUUCUUUGUUCUUAUUUAUCUUACUCAUUGUUCAUCUUUUAAAAGAAAUCUAAGGAAUAGAAAACAGAUUGCUUCUGCCCAGUUCUGGCAAAUGAAGAUUUCCUCCGACUGAUCAUUUUUAUUUUCUUUUGUGACAGAGAACAAUAGGCCUGGAGCAUUAGGGAAUGAUCAGACAUCCUUAAGAGCUUUGGAGGGGGAGAAAUUUUUGGAUGAUUAGGGUGACUGGUUAGGGAAGAAGGGUUUUGAGUGAGGCUCCUGGGCAAUGGGGAGGAGGAAGUACUUUGAAAAAAUAAGAAAUCUGACCAAAGGAGGUAGCAGAGGGCAUGGGGGUGGGGGGCACUGCGCAGUAUCAGGGAGAUUUGGCAAGCAUAAAUUAGAUCUUGCCUUCUCCCCAACAUUCCACAUGACACCAGCGAUAGACUGGUCAUAACUUAUUUCCCGGGCCUUUAGAGAAUCGUAUUUUGAAGAGACAGUGGGCAUUUCUACUGAGCUGGUUCUCCCGACCCAACAGAAUCUUGAACAGGGGACAGGGCACAUCAUAACUUCCGUGGCUGGUUCCGAGUCACUGUUCACUAGUGAGCACUCGCCCUUCAGCUCUGUUUUAUCCUUCCCGCCGACCCUCUCAGAGAUUAGCUGGUGUUCCCAGGGGCUCAUCUAAUACCUGUCUUCAGGUCUGUGUUGGAAGAGUAUGACAGCCAACUCAAGGGCUCAUUCCAUGCUUUACGCACCAGCGCUGGCUAGAACUCCCUUAGCAAAGACUAGGGAAGCAAAAGCUGCAGGGGCGGGGGCGGGGUGGGGGCUCCUGGAUGCUUUCCUUCCUGCCCAGCAGGAAUCCAGCCUUUCAAAACCUUAGCUGAACACAGCUUGGCUUCCAUCUGCGGAGACGUCCCUGCUUCAGGCGGUCACACCAACUUAAUUGGGUAUGACUGUGUAAGAAGUUGCGGGGGGGGGGGGGGUUGAACAAAGAGAAUUUUAUGGGGGAAGCUUUGUGACCUGGUGACACCCCCCGCCCCCCAGCAUUCGUACGUUAGAGCGUCGCUGGCACCUGCGGAAACACAGGGAGCUAGCUGGAGUGUUAGCAGGGGACCAGAGAAGACACAGACUAGGACGAGGAACUCUGACCUGCAGGGAGAAUCUCUCUUCUUCCAGUGCUCUAACAGUUCCCUAAGUACACUUAGCCACAAUGACCGAAGCAUGUGCGCGUGUGCCCCUGGGUGUGCGUGUGCGUUUGAGCAGCAGUGUGAAGGGGUGGAAACACGAUACACACCCGCAGCGGCUAGGGCUGCGGUGGCAGAACCACACCCCUCCCAGAGUCAUUCCAGGAGUGGGUAACGGUCAUAGCUUCCCAGGUGUGGUGUUCCCUGCACCGGAAGCACUCAGGCUUGCCUGGACUCUGUGAGGCCAGAUCCCAUGUUCCUCCCCCCAGGCCAGCCUUCCUCCCUCUUGACUCUUAGAUCCCCCCCCCGACCUCCACCACCACACCCCCAGCCCAUUCACUUCCAAGUUCUUUUAGGUUUGUUUGUUUUGUUUUUGUUCUGUUUUCUGUAAAUAUCGAUUUCUUAUUUUGGACAUGCAGGGAUCAAUUGAGAUUCUGGAGUGGGGGGAGGGGCGGAUGACUGGGUCUUUUAUUUUUUAUUUUUUUCUUGGAUUUUGGUGUUUGAACUUGAAAAAAAAUACUUACAAGUAUAUAUAUAAGCAAAUGACUUACCUUUAACAAACAAAAUAAGUUGAUUUCAUUCUUUUGUUUUAUCUUGUUUCUCAUUGGGGUAGGGUGGGGGUGGGGGGUCUUUAGGGUGGAGGGCUUUUUUGUGAGCUGUAUAGAUUUCCAGUUUGGACUUGUUCAAAUGAUGCAGGAACAAAAAUUAAAAUGAACUAAAAAAAAAAAAAGACAACAUAAAAAAAAACAAGAAAAACCUUUGUGAUGUAUAAAA